GAUGGAGGAGUUCUCUUCAAAAAAAUUUCUUCGUUGGAUUUUACCAUAAAUUCUAGAGACCCGAUCCUAGGUAUGAACUCCACGCCUGAUGGGAAGAAAACAAAGAGAUUGUUGAAGUAUAUACUCGAAUGCUCUGCCCUGACCUUUCAAUGCAAAGUUGGUGCAAUAAAAUCAUGCUCAACAAAACAUUUCUGAAGUUGCCAACUUGCCAUUGUGGUUGUUAAACCUCGAUCGGUUUAGUCUGAAAGCAUUUUGGGGAUGUUGGGAAUGUUUCAGAGAGUGAUUUACCAUCGUGGUCAAUCGCAUAAAAAUGUUAAGAUCCGAGCUGGAUCUGGAACGUCUUUCAUAGGCUCCUGGUACGAACCACCUUACUGCCGAGACUACACCCUGUUUGCUGAAGAACAAAUUGAAGCAAACAAGGUGGCAAUUCGAGAAAGAGCAAAACUUCUUCAAAAGGAGUUCGAAAGGAGACUAUACGAAGGAUCAGAAUUGAUGCAGAAAAUGCUGGAUGACUUCCAAAGAGAGAGACUAGAAGCUGAGGCUAAAGCUGAUAAAUUAGUCAAUGAUCUCUGUAAGGCUGUUGAACUUAAACGCUCCCUCCAACCUCAAGAUCAAAUGAGGGAGAUUAAUGUUCAAAAGGAGGCUCUAGAACCUAAGACCAACCCUGAGUCAUUCAAUCAUCAGGUUCCAGUUCUAGAAGAUUCACCCAGUGCUAGGCAAGUCCCAACCAGCAUAGUCGUACACGAGGUGGAACCAACUGAGGGACCUGACUCAGAACCACCUAUGCUUAUUCAAGAAAAGAAGGAGGAAGUUUUGCCUAUGGCAAUAAACGACCAUGUCCUUAAUUGUGUUGAUGAUUAUGAUGAAUGAUUAUAAUUGGUAAUUAUUAAACGAUUUGUAUUGUU